UUUGGGAAUACCUGCUACUGCAAUUCAGUUCUUCAGGCACUUUAUUUUUGUCGACCAUUUCGAGACAAAGUCUUAGCGUACAAGAGUCAACCAAGAAAAAAAGAGAAUCUCCUUACAUGCUUAGCUGAUCUGUUCCACAGUAUAGCUACCCAGAAGAAAAAAGUUGGGGUAAUACCUCCCAAGAAAUUUAUAACAAGAUUACGAAAAGAAAAUGAGCUUUUUGAUAACUACAUGCAGCAGGAUGCACAUGAGUUCUUGAACUAUCUGUUAAAUACAAUUGCGGAUAUCUUGCAAGAGGAAAGAAAACAAGAGAAACAAAAUGGUCGCCUACCUAAUGGCAACAUCGACAACGAAAAUAACAGCCCGCCAGACCCAACCUGGGUUCAUGAAAUCUUUCAGGGAACAUUAACUAAUGAAACCAGAUGUCUUACAUGUGAAACUAUAAGCAGCAAAGAUGAAGACUUCUUAGACCUUUCAGUUGAUGUGGAGCAGAAUACUUCAAUCACUCAUUGUUUAAGGGGUUUCAGCAACACAGAAACUCUGUGCAGUGAAUACAAAUACUACUGUGAAGAAUGUCGCAGUAAGCAAGAAGCACAUAAAAGGAUGAAAGUAAAAAAGCUGCCUAUGAUUCUAGCUCUCCAUUUGAAGAGAUUUAAAUACAUGGAUCAGCUUCAUCGAUACACAAAACUCUCUUAUAGAGUAGUUUUUCCUUUAGAGCUUCGUUUAUUUAACACCUCAGGAGAUGCCACCAAUCCUGACAGAAUGUAUGACCUUGUUGCUGUGGUAGUUCAUUGUGGAAGUGGCCCAAACAGAGGACAUUAUAUUGCAAUAGUGAAGAGUCAUGAUUUCUGGUUGCUUUUUGAUGACGAUAUUGUUGAGAAAAUUGAUGCACAAGCUAUUGAAGAAUUCUACGGGUUGACAUCAGACAUCUCAAAGAACUCUGAAUCUGGUUACAUCCUCUUCUAUCAGUCUCGGGAUUGAGGGGCAACUGUAGCGAAGAGAGAUUUUUAUGUCUCACUUCUCUCUCUUGGAAUGGAGCAAGCACUGAGAAAAAGGAAAGCAGGGAGCUCCAGGGGCAGUGGCACAGUUUGCACACAACUAAGCAAAGAGUUUGGGAUUAUUAAAACCUUUGUAUCAUUUUAAUUUUAUUUGCUCAGGUAACAUGCUGACUACACAUCUCCACUGCAUCCCAUAAGCAAAAAUAGAGAUACCAGCCACUCUUGCAGGAGCUUUCUGUUAGGUAAUGCUAUCUCUGUGGUCCUAAUUCAAAGCCCUUUAAGGUCACUGGAGAACCUUUCAUGGACUUCAGUGGAAUUUGAAUCAGGUUCUAACUGCACUGCCAGAUUGGUGCAAUAGGAGCAUUAGAAAUCUGUAUUUCAUACAGAUUUUGGGUGUAAAAGGUUAAAGGACUCUGUGAACUUAGUUUCCUGUGCUUAAGUUUAAAAGAAUGAGGUUCGGGGGAUAACGUGUAAGCGAGAAGAUAUAUCUGGGCCCAACACAAUUGCCUUCUUGAUGGUAGUCGUUUAACUGAA